UUUGGGAAGGUCCCAACCAAACACUGCCUAAUCGUGAUUCACCGACUACCAAGCUCCGAUUAUGGUCUCCAUUCCCAAGUCUUGGAGCUUUUCUUCCAACUCUGUCUAGGGUUUUCACUUUCCUGCACCAAAUUCUCUCUCUCUCUCUCUCUCUCUCUCUCUCUACACUCAUGUACGUAUAAUCUUUCUUCUCUCUCUAGACCUCAACGAUCUCCGCCUAAAAAUUUGGGUUUCAGUGGUGUUGCUUUCGAUUCAAUCCGAUCCGAUCUUCCCUUCUCUUCGGAUGAGAAAUCUCGAAGAACUCACAUUCGAAAUCGCUCACUCUCUAUCUCCAACUUCGAGUUUUCCCGCCAAAAUCGACGGCCACGAUGGUCACGGCCUCUCUCCCCCCUCCUCUGCUUCCUCCGGGUGCCAUGGAUUCUGGCGCGACGCUGCUCUGGCGGUCCCUUCAGCCCUGUUCGUGCUCUACUUGGCUUUUCACGCCAAGGCGAAUCUCAGGAAGCUCAGUCAUGGCCGAUCCUAUAUCAUGAUCUCGUACUAUGCUCUCCUUUGGUUCGCAGCCCUCCUAAACCUCGCUUGGUCCUCUCUUCAGGCAUGGCAGUGUUCUCCUGGGAAGGAAGUUGCAUGGAACGUGUUGUCAAUGUUCACCACAGCUGGGAUGCUAUGUUUGGAGAUUAGCUUAUUGGUUUUCUUAUUUCAAGAUAAUUAUGCUACUGGGUUGGAAACGCUAUCACGUGCUUUUGCUCUUUCAGGCCUCAUUGUUGGUGCCGAUAUACUUUUCAAGGCAAUUUUUGUAUUUGGAUUUGGGGUCCCCCUGUUCAUCGACAGCAAUGAAACUACACAGAGGAUGAAGUGGGGCUUGUGGACCAUCCACAAGCUAUUGUUUACAGCAGUUUAUGGCUUCAUAUUAUUUGUGCAUUACUUAAAAUGGAGAGACAGGUUGCCUCCAAAACCCAUGUUCUACAACUACGCUGUCGUCAUGUUUGGGAUUAAUGCAGUGGCAUUAUUUGCUUGUGGACUUGCAGGAAUUGGGGCUGGCUUUGGACUUUGGUUGUACAAUUUCACGUUUAUCUGCUAUCACUGUCUUUAUCUUCCCUUUCUGUAUGUAACCUUUUCUGCUGAUCUUUUCCAGGAGGAAGAUUUGCUUUUGGAUAAUGCAUAUUACUCUGAGAUGAAAGAUGCAGGGUUCUUUGAUGCUGAUUGGGACUAACUUCCUUAGCUCAUUUACAAUUGGUGUAUAUAUAGGAAAAUAAUUGUCCCCUGUAUUUUUAUAUUUAUUUUAUUUUAUUUUUUUGU